UGCUGCCUUUUGCUAGUAUUACUCUUCUUUAUAAUUGUGAGACGAAAGUGUGCGCGCGCAUGUGUGUGUGCUCGUAGCCUGGCCACGCCCAGCGAGCACGAGCGCGUGACGCUGGCUGCGAGCACGAGCUCCAGACGAGAGCGUGUUCAGUCUUCCGUCCUCCUCGUCCCCCAAUGGCGGUGCUGUUGAUAGUCCACUAUCCGGGCUAAAUAUCUGCCUCGCUCCUCAAAAAAAGACCGCCGAGGAACCAACGCAGGACUUCUUUUUUUGUUUAUUUUCCCACGGCUUUUUUUGUGUGUGUGUGUGUGAGUGUGUGUGUGUGUGUGUUUGUGUGGCUGGCGGAGACUCCAGGCUGCUCGGCGAGUGGGGCAAACCGAAGGAGUUUGUGCUCCAAAGUAAGCUAAGGUUGGAGCUCCCCCGACCUUUCCCGCCUCGAGCCCGUUCGACUGCUCUGCUGCACAGGGCACAGCCAAGUAUGGGGUAAGAAGGCAGAGAGGCAACAUUACAGCACAGGUCAUGGCGAUGCUGCGGGUGAGGCUGAAGGUUGUGGUGAUGGUGAUGAUGGUGAACCUCUUCAUCUUCAUCCUGGUGUUCUGUCACGGCAGCCGGGACAAGAACAGCCUCUUCAAAAUCAUAUUCUCCUUGAAGCCCUUCUGGAAAAGAAUGGAGCCCAGCCCGGCUUACUGGAACCGUCAGCAGCAGAUCUUGGACUUUUGGAACAACCCGAUCCUGUCCAACCGCAGCCAGGGGGAUCUGCCCGACUGGCUGAACGGCACCCAGGUGCACCUCGACGCCUGCCGGCCAGACGUCGGAGUCAGCACUCAGGUGAAGGACUACAACACCCUGCCUGAGCGCUUCAAGGACUUCCUGCUUCACAUGCACUGCCGCUCGUACCCAAUGCUGGUGAACCAGCCCGACAUCUGCAACAAGCCCCCCUUCCUGCUCCUGGCCGUCAAAUCACUGGCGCUGAAUUUCGCCCGCCGCCAGGCCAUCCGCCAGUCGUGGGGUCGGGCAGGCGUGAUGGCCAAUCGGACCGUGGUCACCGUCUUCCUCCUGGGCCGAGCCUUGGUGGGAGACGACCACCCGGACGUGUCUGACAUGCUGGCCUACGAGAGCAACCUCUACCGAGACAUCCUCCAGUGGGACUACAGGGACUCCUUCUUCAACCUGACCCUCAAGGAGGUCCUGUUCCUGGACUGGGUUCAGGCGCACUGUCCCAACGCCAGCUUCGUCUUCAAAGGGGACGACGACGUCUUCGUCAACAUGUACGGCAUCUUGAGCUUCCUUGACGGCCUCUCGGAGCCCAAAGCGGCCGACCUUUUCGUGGGCGACGUCAUCACCAACGCGGGGCCGCACCGCGACAAGAAGGGCAAGUACUUCAUCCCGGACAGCAUGUUCGUGGGGUCCUACCCUCCGUACGCCGGGGGCGGCGGGUACCUCUACUCCAGGAGCGUGGCCGCUCGUCUGCACGAGGCGUCGACCCGGGUGGCGCUCUACCCGAUAGACGACGUGUACACGGGCAUGUGCCUGCUGAAGGUGGCGCUGGCCCCCGAGAAGCACAAAGGCUUCCGGACCUUCAACAUCGAGGAGAAGUACAGGAACAACCCCUGCGCCUACAAGAGCCUCAUGCUCGUCCAUCCGAGGACGCCGCAGGAGAUGAUCCGGAUCUGGUCCUGGCUCAGCCGGCCGGACCUCAGCUGCCAGUGAGCAUGGGCGGGCUGAGCGCUUUCCAAAAGGUCAAACGACUCACUCGAGCCGGGGUCACGACUUUUCAAGAUGGCAGCUUGAAGCCCGGAACGAAAGUGUUAGUAUUAAAAAUGUCUGCUUUGCUGUACAGAGAGCUGCCACCAAAGCGUCGGCGUCUUCAUCCACGUGCGCGCACAUAUUUAUUUCUGAAAUAUUUAAAUGUCACGCUUUUACACUGGCCGUUCCACAAGGGGGCGCCCAAACGCUGUAUUGUAUACUCUGUGAGGAAACAAGUCCGGGUUGUGUUCAUGGGGUUAUUGCUGCCGGGACGCUAGCUUACCCAGGAACAUUGCAUUAAUAAAGUUAUUUUAAAACGGAAAGGUCUGUAAUGUUGGAAGUAGUCCUGAGUUCUACUCCCGGGUAGGGCUGCAACAACUAAUUGAUUAAAUCGAUUAAAAUCGAUUAUGAAAAUAGUUAUAAUGAUAAAUGGGUUAUACUUGUAUAGCGCUUUUCUACCUUCAAGGUACUCAAAGCGCUUUGACAGUAUUUCCACAUUCACACACUGAUGGCGGGAGCUGCCAUGCAAGGCGCUAAACAGCAGCCAUCAGGAGCAAGGGUGAAGUGUCUUGCCCAAGGACACAACGGACGUGACUAGGAUGGUAGAAGGUGGGGAUUGAACCCCAGUAACCAGCAAUCGGAACCACUCUACCAACUACGCCACGCCGUCCCCAAUUGGCAAUUAAUUUAGUCAUCGAUUCGUUGGAUCUAUGCUAUGCGCAUGCGCAGAGGCAAUAUUUUUUUAUAUAAACCUUUAUUUAUAAACUGCAACAUGUACAAACAGCUGAGAAACAAUCAAAAUAAGUAUGGUGCCAGUAUGCUAUUUUUUUUCAAUAAAAUACUGGAAAGGAUAGAAAUGUAGUUUGUCUCUUUUAUUCGAUUAUUAAUCGAAGUAAUAAUCGACAGAUUAAUCGAUUAUCAAAUUAAUCGUUAUUUGCAGCCCUACUCCUGGGGUACUUGAGGGUUUUCAGCUCAGUCGCAGAUGUCAAAUGUUAAGAGGCCUGUCUUUUUUCAAAUUUAACACGCAACAAAGGUAAUACGGUAUUUUCCAGACUAUAGAGCGCAUGGCGAUAUAAGCCGCCUCCACAAAAUUUUCGAAGAAAAAACGUUCUUCCAUAUAUUAGCGGCAUUGUGAAAUUAGUUAUUUACACAGAAAAACAUUGUAAAUGUUUAUACCUUAAUUGUUUCCAAACGGUGUCUGUAACACGGCAGUAAAACGGCUGAUCAAACAAAACAGAAGUCAUCGUCAUGGACCCACUAGCUGCGGAAGCCAGCUCUCCAAUCAGCUAAACAGACUCAUUAACGCCACAGUGACGUGUUGGUAAAUUUACGUAACUGAAACAAUACAAAAAGAAGGCCACUUUAAGUUAAUAUUAACACAGAUAGCAUAUUCAUUCAUUACAUUACGAUGGCACGUACAAAUAUGCAUGAAAACACUCCUACAGACAUCGCACAUGGGACGGUCGAGUAAGUAAGAAUUGUUUGUUAUACUGUAAAACUUACAAUUGCUUAGAGUGAUGAAUGAAGAAUCCAUACGAGUAGAAACGCUACGGGUGGUUAUACUUCCGGUUUAAGGCAUUAAAACAGGACAUAGCGUUUUCAAACCGCAACUCUUGCAGUGGGCACACCAUUUUAGUGCUGGGGUUUAAUUAAAACUAAAACACAAAACCUUUUGGCCAUUGGCAAAAGUAAAUCCACAAAUUAGCCGCACCGUUUUCUAAGCCGCAUGGUUCAAAGUGUAGAAAAAAAGUAGCGGCUUAUAGUCCGAAAUUUACGGUACUUCCUUGUGGCUGCAGGCUAACAGUCUGCUGCUGGUCUCUUAGGACUCCCCCCAGUAUUUACAUUGGACUUCGCUGGUCCUCAUCGUCUAAACAUGCUACACUACACACCAUAGGAGGAUACAGGACGCUGUGCUAACCGCUGUGAUAGAGCUUUUGAAUGUAAACAGGGUGGGCGGAUCGAUACCAAAUAUCUACAGUAACGAUACCAAGUUUAGUAUCAGUGAAUGGUCAAUACUACAAAAUAGUUUUUGUUAUUGUUUACAAACUCAGGGAAUUAUUAGUUUAAGUGCAAAGACCAAAGGAUUUAAAUCAGCCAAUAGUGGUUUGGUUAUUCUGCACUUUUGAAUUUAUUUUGCUCCAAAUAUUGUAUAUAAUUAAAGGGAAGAAGGAAAUAACAUGUUUGAUUGAUAUUUUUACACCACCGUCCUGUGUUUUACUGAUUAGAAUUGUGAUCAAAAAUGUAAUCAUUCAAUGAUUUUGAACAUUUUAAGUAUCAGCAUUAAUAUGAACAACACUACCUCUAAGUACACGGUAUUGAAUCGAUACCAUAUUUGUGCUAUCACCCAAAAACGGAUGUAAAGUGUCCAAACAACGGAAGAAUUAGGGUUUAUUAUUUUAACAAAAGUGUUGAUACAACAUGUUACAACAGAAUGUAACCAGAUAUUAACAGUAAAUUAUCAAGUAGAUUAAUACUAGGUUUUUAGACAAUACAAGCGAAAAUGAUGUCAUAUUUUACUGCACACAUCAGCAGCCACAUUAGGUGCCUUUGUGACCCAUUUUGACAUUUGUCUAUAAUCAUUUUUAUUCCAAAUAAUAUAUUGUAAUGGCAGGAGGCUGGAAUAUGUGGCGAUGUAGGGCGAAUAUCCCAUCCCCCGUUUCAAGUGUGUUUUGUGAGUGCGUCCGUGAUGGAUCCAUGUCGCUUAUUCCAAAUAACAUACCGUCAAUGGCAGGAGGCUGGAAUAUGUAUGGCGAUAUAGAUGUAAGGCCAGAUCUACCAUCCCCCGCUUCAAGUGCGUCCAUGACGACAGCAAAGAUUUUUAAUUCCAAAUAAUAUACCGUCAAUGGCAGGAGGCUGGAAUAUGUAUGGCGAUAUAUGUGUAAGGCCGUAUCGCCCAUCCCCUGCUUCAAGUGCGUCCAUGAUGAUAGAUAGCAAAGAUUUUUAAUUCCAAAUAAUUAAAGAUUAAUAUACCGUUAAUGGCAGGAGGCUGGAAUUUGUAUAGCGAUAUAGAUGUAAGGCCGUAUCUACCAUUCCCUGCUUCAAGUGCGUCCAUGAUCACAGGAAAUAUUUUUUAUUCCAAAUAAUACACCGUUAAUGUCAGGAGGCUGCAAUAUGUAUGGCGAUAUAGAUGUAAGGCCGUAUCGCCCAUCCCCUGCUUCAAGUGCGUCCAUGAUGACAGGAAAUAUUUUUAAUUCCAAAUAAUAUACCGUUAAUGUCAGGAGGCUGGAAUAUGUAUGGCGAUAUAGAUGUAAGGCCGUAUCGCCCAUCCCCUGCUUCAAGUGCGUCCAUGAUCACAGGAAAGAUUUUUUAUUCCAAAUAAUACACCGUUAAUGUCAGGAGGCUGGAAUAUGUAUGGCGAUAUAGAUGUAAGGCCGUAUCGCCCAUCCCCUGCUUCAAGUGCGUCCAUGAUGACAGGAAAUAUUUUUAAUUCCAAAUAAUAUACCGUUAAUGUCAGGAGGCUGGAAUAUGUAUGGCGAUAUAGAUGUAAGGCCGUAUCACCCAUCCCCCGCUGCAAGUGCGUCCAUGAUGGAUCAAUGUUGCUGCACAGGAAAUAUUUUUAUUCCGAAAGGUCACGUUAGGAAAGAAACAUGAAAGCUAAAACUCUUACAAGCUCAAAAUGAUGCUCAAAAAUUGCUCAUUUUUAAUCUUUUUUUUUUUUUGUAUUGAAUAUCACCAGAGCCGAGACAUAAAUAUUAUUUUACAAACAAAAUCGAAUAUUUUCAUUGUUUUUGUCAAAAGAAAAAAAAUGUAUAAAUGUUGUGUUUUGAUUGGAACUUUCCAGAAGUAUUUUCCUACUUAUUAGUGCCUUAUCGUUUCAUUUCGUUGAGCCAUGAUGUUCUAUUGCUACAAUCAUUUCAUGUGCGUGUCUCUUAAUAUCACUCUAUUUUUCUUCACUCGCCCGUUUGGGCUUUUCUUCAAAAAUGUUCACUUAUAUGCGAAUGUGUGCAGCUAUGGAAUCAUUUUGGCCUCACAUUUAAUAUCCACAAUUUAAUUUAGUCCCAAAAAACAGGAAAAUGAUAUUUCCUUUUUCAAUCCCCCCACUGCAGUACUACUAUUAGUACUAUUAGGCUUCAGCUUUGUGUGACAAUGAAUGUUAGGACUCCCCCUGCUGGUCAGGGUGCUCCCCUACAUGCAACAGUACCAUGUUGUUUAUGGAGAGGUGUUCUCCAGACUUUCUUGAUCUUUUUGGGUUUGUUCCGUUUGCGUUAGCCAGUCUCGACGAUCACGUGAUGCGACCUUUGACCCCGUCGAACUAGUCCGGUCGACUCCCUGGUGGACAAUCGGCUCCCUCGGUAUCACGUGAUCAGAUACUUGAAGACUUCAAAGGUCGUCCAUGAUUGACUGACUUGGACUUCAACUCUUUCUUUUCUUUUCUUUAAAUGCUGGCUUGUUUUCUGCUGAUGCAAACACUGGUAAUGUUAUUAACUUGUUGUACCGGUAAAGGUGUUGUACUGGGAAAGCUAUUACAACUUUUACUGUUAGAGGUA